GCGCACGCCACGACAGGCUGAGGAAAAAAGAGCGCUGGAGAGAGAGAAAGUUUUUUUUUAUGGUAGUCAAACUUGGAGGACGAACGCCGAAUGCCAUUGUAAUGUGUAACUGGAGGGCAUAAAGUAAGAAGGAUCGAGGCUGAACAAGAUGGCACAGAAAGAGGACCCCCUGUACGACUUCCCGGAGCCCACCCAGGCACCGGGGCGCAAGCAGCUGUGGCACCAAAGGGGACGGGGCUCCCUGAGGAGCAUCAGCGUGCUGGACCGUCUCCUCCUCACCGUUCCCGUCUGGCUCCAGCUGUCCAUCAACCCCGCCACUGCCCUGCACAUACUGCAGAGGGAGCCUCCCGGGACAUUCUUGGUGAGAAGGUCCCGCACGUCCCAGCGAAACGUGCUCUGUGUCCGUCUGGCCGACGACAGCUUGCCGUCCUUCGUUCAGCAGUUUGGCAUCAGGGAGGAUCAGUCCACUUUGUCUCUGGAGACUUCAGCCAUCAGCUUUCCAGAUCUCCCAAGAUUGAUUUCCUUUUACUGUGUCAGCAGGGACGUGUUACCUUUCCCUCUGGAGCUUCCCGAAGCCAUCGCAAGGGCAACGUCACACAAGGAGCUCGAGUCCAUCUCACACAUGGGUGUAGAAUUCUGGUGUUCCCACGUAAACGUCCGAGGGCCUCGGGAGGCCCCUAAGCCGAGGAGGGACGAGGAGAAGGGGCCAGAUGCUGCGGCAUCAGGCCCACCUGCUGCUCGGCAGCCCAGCUCUGGCACCCAGCCCGCUUCUGCUCCUCACCCCAGCUCGGAACGCCUGCUCAACGCCCCGCCCGAGUCCGAGCCCGCCGCCAAACAGCCGGACCCCAAUCCCACUUUGUUUGACGAGUUUUGCCGGAUAACCACGCGCAGCCCCAGAGAGCUGGACUGCGGCUCGGGCCUGGGAGCCCUGUGUUUCAUCAACCCUCUGUUCCUGCAGUCCCAGAACGCUCUGUCCAGACGGCGGAUGUUCAAGCGCAGCCUCAAGAUUCGGGUUUCCACCGAGACCUCCACCAUGCUGUCGCCGCCCCUCGCUCCACCUCCUCCCCCGCCCCUCAUGCCCAAAACCAAAGGGAGAUGCAAAGCCCAGAAGGGUCGGCAAGGGCCGGAGGUUCCAGCUAAAGAAGCCGAAGCCUGUCAAACCGCCCGUCAGCCCCGGACACAGGAGGCUCCGGGUGAGGAGCAGGCGCAGCCUCCGUCAGAAACUCCUCCCGUUCAGGCUGAGAAGCAGGAACACGGGUCCGCCGAGAGGGAAACAAGUCGAGUCAAAGCCAGGGGGACUGGGCAGAAGGCCGCAGCUCAGCUGCCUGCAUUAAUGGAGCAUCUUCAGACUGAUUACUCGAAGCCUUCUCUAGUGAUCAAUUUUCCCACCUCCCCCUCGCUCUCUCCUUACCAGUCACCAUCUGUUUCUCCCAUGGCACCCCCUCUUUUCCCCAAAAUGUAUCCGUCCCUUUCUCCUCGCGACUCUCCGGCCGGUUCUCCCUCCCUCUCGCCUUACCAGUCCCCAUCUUUAUCUCCAAAAGUUCCCUUUUCCCUCUCACCGCAGGAUUCCCCCACCCAUUCGUCAUCCCCUUCCCCUGACAGCUCCUUCUCCGUUUCCCCUUUGCUUUGUCCGUUGGUGGAGCAGGCCAGCCGUGCGCCCGGCGCCCCCCCAGGGACAGAACUGCAGGGGUCAGAGGGCGGGGGUGACGGGGAGGUAUCGGACCGGGAUGAAAAUAUGAGCAAGGAUGGAGAAAGCGAAGAUUUGCAAACCGACAGGGAAGUAGAGAGCUGCAGUUCUGUCAGUAAUCCUGAGGAAUCAGCACCUGAUUCACUCUCUACACGGGCCGCUGGAACAAGUCGAUAGAAGAAAAAAAAACAACCUUGGACUGGAAAUUAAUUUAAAUAUUUCUUGUAAUAAGUUUUUUCUUUUUAAAAUACAAUAAAGAAAUCUGA